AUGGAGCCUGGUGUCGUGUUGAUCACGGGCUGCCUUCUUCUCCUCCUCUUCCUCCUCCUCUUCCGAGCCUCGUCGGGUCAGGGCCCAGGGCGCCUCCCCCCGGGGCCAGCCCCCCUGCCCGUGCUGGGGAACCUGACCCAGAAUGUCCUCCCGCUCUACCGAUCCUACCGCUGGCUCUGCCAGGAGUACGGCCCCAUCUUCACCAUCUGGCUGGGCCCGAGGCCCACGGUGGUGCUGUGUGGGUACGAGGUGGUGCGCGACGCCCUGGUGGAGCACAGCGAGGAAUUCAGCAGCCGGGCGCCCAUCCCCUUGCUCAAGCAGAUGAACCAGGGGUACGGAUUAAUUAACACCAACGGAGAGCGCUGGAGGCAGCUGCGUCGGUUCACCCUCACCACCCUCCGGAACUUGGGCAUGGGCAAGAGGCCGCUGGAGCAGCGAGUGCAGGAGGAGGCGCAGCACCUCGCCCAAGCUGUGGCUGACAAACAAGGGCACGCGUUCGACCCGGUGCCCGACAUCACCCGGGCCGUCGCCAACAUCAUCUGCUCCGUGGUGAUGGGGACCCGAUUCAGCAGCGACAACGAGGAAUUCCAGGAGCUCCAGCGUCUCAUCAUGUCCUACAUGUGCUACUUCCGCUCCCUCCCGGCGCAGCUGUACAAUACCUUCCCGGGUAUCAUACACUUCCUGCCUGGCCGGCACCGGCGGAUCUUCAGGGAAUACGAGCGCCUCAGAGCCUUCAUCCAGGCCCAGCUGGAGUCCCACCGGCACAGCCUGGACCCCAGCGCCCCCCGCGACCUCAUUGACUACUUCUUCCUGCAGCAGGCCAAGGAGCGAGGGAAGGAGCAGACGGAGUUUGAGGACGAGAACCUGAUGGCACUGGUCAGCUCCCUGUUCAUCGCCGGCAUGGAGACCACCAGCAACACCGUCCAAUUCGCCCUGCUGGUGAUCGGCAAGUUCCCGGACGUGCAAGCGCGGGUACAUGGGGAGCUGGACAGGGAGGUGGGCAGGGCUCGGCCCCCCGCCCUGGAGGACCGGCUACGGCUGCCCUACACCAACGCUGUACUGCAUGAACUCCAGCGCUAUGUCGACCUGGUACCCACGAGCCUGCCGCACACCACCACCCGCCCCACCCCCUUCCGGGGGUACCUCAUCCCACAGGGUACGACCAUCAUCCCUCUCCUAGCCUCGGUGCACUUUGACCCAGCCAGCUGGGAGACCCCGGAGGAUUUUAACCCCGGUCAUUUCUUAGAUGAGAACGGAGCAUUCAGGAAGAGAGACACGGCCAUGCCCUUCUCUGCAGGGAAGCGCAUGUGUCCCGGGGAAGGGCUGGCCAAGGCGGAGAUCUUCCUGUUCAUAACCACCCUGCUGCAGAGCUUCACCCUGGAGCUGCUCACGGACCCCGGGGCCAUCGACUUGGCCUCACUGCGGAGGGCUUUCCGUGACCAGGGCCUCUCCUACAAGCUCCGUGCCGUCCCACGGCCAGCGUAG